AUGAGGACUGCCAGGAAGUCCUUUUACUUGAAGAUAGACGUGCAGGCUGAAAGUUUCUAGGACCAAAACCCUGCACUGUUUUAUUUUGAAGACGCGGUCGGGGCGCGCCCGGCAGCCGUCAGCGCAGGAGGAGGGCGCGGGGCGGGCGCAGGCCGAGCUCGCCCGUGUUAAUAUUAAACAGCCGGCUCUACCCUUGAAGUAAGUGGGGAGCGCCGGCGAGCGCUCCUGACAUUGACAGUGGGUCCACCGGAGUUGCGCUGGCGGUGUCCACCACGUUGCCUCCCGCCGGGCCUUCUGGGAGCUGUAGUUUUCCGGGGAGCCGCGGCCGGGGCCAGCUGGGGUGCCCCGCGCCGGCGGACUACAGGUCCCAGGCGCCCGGCGCCGGGAGCGCGGAUCGGCCGGGCGGGCUGCGCGGCGCUGCGCGGGGCGCGCGGCGGGACCCGGCCACCACCUCCCUGGGCGCCCCGCUCUGCCCUCGCUCCGAGCGGCUCGGGGCCGCGAAGCCGGAGCCAUGCAGUCGGAAUCGGGGAUCGUGCCGGAUUUCGAAGUCGGGGAGGAGUUUCACGAAGAGCCCAAAACCUACUACGAACUCAAAAGUCAGCCCCUGAAGAGCAGCAGUUCCGCGGAGCAUCCUGGGGCCUCCAAGCCUCCGAUAAGCUCGUCCAGCAUGACAUCACGCAUCUUGCUACGCCAGCAACUCAUGCGUGAGCAGAUGCAGGAACAGGAGCGCAGAGAGCAGCAGCAGAAGCUGCAGGCGGCCCCGUUCCUGCAGCAGAGAGCGCCCGCCAGCCAGACGCCAGCCAUCAACGUCAGCGCACCCACCACCCUGCCCUCUGCCGCCCAGGUGCCCAUGGAAGUCCUUAAGGUGCAGACCCACCUCGAAAACCCCACCAAGUACCACAUACAGCAAGCGCAGAGGCAGCAGGUAAAGCAGUACCUUUCUACCACUUUAGCAAACAAACAUGCCAACCAGGUCCUGAGCUUGCCAUGUCCAAACCAGCCGGGCGACCGCGUCCUGCCGCCGGUGCCGGGGAGCAGCGCGCCCAACAGCCCAAUGGCCAUGCUUACGCUUAACUCCAACUGUGACAAAGAGGGGUUUUAUAAGUUUGAAGAGCAGAACAGGGUGGAGAGCGAGUGCCCCGGCAUGAACGCACACCCACGAGCUCCGUGCAUGCAGAUGGAUGAUGUCAUCGAUGACAUCAUUAGCCUGGAAUCGAGUUAUAAUGAGGAAAUCCUGGGCUUGAUGGACCCUGCCUUGCAGAUGGCGAACACGUUACCUGUCUCUGGAAACCUGAUCGACCUUUACGGCAACCAAGGCCUGCCUCCCCCGGGCCUCACCAUCAGCAACUCCUGCCCUGCCAACCUGCCCAACAUCAAGAGGGAGCUCACAGCGUGUAUUUUCCCCACAGAGUCUGAAGCGAGAGCCCUGGCCAAGGAGAGACAGAAGAAGGAUAACCACAACCUGAUUGAACGAAGAAGAAGAUUUAACAUAAAUGACCGCAUUAAAGAACUAGGUACUUUGAUUCCCAAGUCAAAUGAUCCAGACAUGCGCUGGAACAAGGGAACCAUCUUGAAGGCAUCAGUGGACUACAUCCGGAAGUUGCAGCGAGAGCAGCAGCGUGCCAAGGAGCUGGAGAACCGGCAGAAGAAGCUGGAGCAUGCCAACCGGCACCUGCUGCUCAGAAUCCAGGAACUCGAGAUGCAGGCCCGAGCUCACGGACUCUCGCUCCUUCCGUCCACGGGCCUCUGCUCCCCGGAUCUGGUGAACCGGAUCAUCAAGCAGGAGCCGGUGCUGGAAAACUGCAGCCAGGACCUCCUGCAGCACCAGGCGGACCUGGCGUGCACCAGCCUGGACCUCGCGGACGGCGCCCUGGCCUUCAGCGGCGGCAGCCUGGGGCCUGCAGUCGAGGGGGCCCAGGCCUACGGCGUGCCGGCGAAAAUGGGGUCCAAGCUGGAAGACAUCCUGAUGGAUGACACGCUCUCUCCUGCUGGGGUGACUGACCCCCUGCUGUCCUCUGUGUCCCCCGGAGCCUCCAAGGCCAGCAGCCGGAGGAGCAGCAUGAGCAUGGAGGAGGCCGACCUGGCGUGUUAGCGCCCCGCCCACGUGUCCUCCGAGGGUCUCCUUCCCAGAUGGGGAACGCGGCCUCCACCCAAAGGGGUUUUCUUGAUAAUUUUCCUUUAAUAUGAAUUUUUUCAUGCUUUAUCGAUAGCCCAGGACAUAUUUUAUUUUUAGAAUUUUGUGAAGCGGACUCGUAUAUUCUAUUUUACAACUCCAGGUGCCUCCAAAGGACCGUACAGGACGUGCACAGGUCUGCGACCCGAGCCUCCACGGAUGCCCCUCUGGCCGGGAGGCGCCUGUCCAUCUUCAUGCAGGGGACACUUGAUUUGAGGUUUUCAUGCCUGUGUCUUCCUCGGCAAUUCAAUGCAGAGUUUAAUUGAAAGAAUGUAAAGCAACCAAAAAAAAAAAAUAAUAAUGCACAAAGACAAAAAGAAGGAAAGAUGUCGGUAGGCGCCCUUUUCCGUUUGAUAACUGUCCCCAUCCGUGGUACUGCCUUAAAGAUACAGUACCCUCGGAGCUCCCUUCAGCCUUCCUACUGCAAGCUAUUUAAAGAAACGGCUAGUCCGCAAAUGACCCCAAAACAAAACAACCAAACGACACCGCGGUCAUUUUCGUGAGGGUUGUCCUUUGGCCAGCGUCACUGACCCAACCACACUCUCGAGGGUGGGAUGGGGCUGGCAGAGCCGCCUGGCGCUCCUUCUCCCUCCGCGGCUGCAGCUUCCUGCCUUCGUGAAUGACUCAGCGCAAUCCAGCUUUUUCAUAAGAUGUGUUUCAUUUUGAAAUGGAAAUGAAUGUCCUCCCAGAAACCACUGUUGAGGAGCACUGAAAGUCUGUGGUACUUUUUUCCUGUUUUUUUUUUUUUUUUCCUUUUGUUUUGGUAUUUUUAUUUUUAUUUUGUUUUUGAUAAGACAACUGAACUGGGCACAUUUCUAAUUGGCUUUACUAUUUUUAUUUUUAAAUUAUGUUUUAGUCAUUUGAUUUGUACAGACUCUUUAUUAUCAUCGUUCUUUUCGAUGUUUGUAUUAAUUUGUAAGAAUAUGCAUCUGAAGACGACAAGUUUUCAGUAUUUUUACAACUCUUUGGUGGUUUUCUGCAUUCUUUGUACACCCACGAAAGAAAACUUUUAUGCAAGGUCUUGUGUUUAAAGAGAGCUUUGCAAAUAUUUUGUAUAUUACAGGCUCACUCAAAACUGUUUUUCAACACAUUUAAGAUAGAGUAUUAAUAGGUUAAAACCAGGCUUUCUAGAAAAAAAAGAUAAACCUACAUAUUUAUUUUUAGGAUAUAAAGUAGCAAUAUUCUUGGAGACUGAUAACCAUAGUGUUCUACGCCCAUAUGGUCAUUUAAAUUGGGGUUUAUUUCAGCGAAUGCGCUGGAUUUUCUGAAAGAGAUACUGUAUCGGCAAGUUACUGUUACUCGAUCGCAACGUUUUAACAAGCAGCCAUGUAAAGUUAGUUUCAGUGCAUUACCUACUCGUGUAGCCUAUGCAACUACAGUAGCGUUAGGUCUGUCCAGCCUACAUGUCUUAUGCAGGUGACACUCAGAUGCAGCCAGGCUGCCCAGGGGCAUGCCUCAGAAGCAGCCUGCCGUCGAAGAGCCCGUGAUGCAAAGCAUAUCCCUUCAGAAUGAAGUGCCUUACACACAGCGGAGUCUGCUCUGGACCAGCGCUGACUGAACUGUGGCCGGGAGGAUGCUCCAGGACGGCAUCGCAGUGAGGAAGGACUCGCGGCAGGGUGCCUCUGUGGACAAGGAAGCACUUCCCAUUUCCUUCAGAUAUUUUUAACACGAGAUCUGUUUUAGUGACAGAGUGCCAACCUAUUUCAUCAGGAAACCUUAUUCAGGAGGGUCUUCUUUCAAAAGGGUUUCCACGUCAAAUGUGAAUUGGUGGUGGGGACGGAGGGAUCAGAGGGCGGAUUGCGGGGUGUGUGGACGGUGAGCCCGCCGCUCCCUUCCCGAGCAGGUGGGCCUCCCAGAAGACCCUCGAAGACAUUGCUGAUGCUCUCAGUUUAUAGCUUUAUUACCUAAGGGGGCGGGAGCAGCUGGCCCCAUUCUUUCGGCCCCCUUAGUUGUACAGCCCUUUGCCUAGAGUAGCAAUGAAGUGUGCAUGAGCCGCCCGUCGUGCCGUAGCGCUUGGACAACAGUCUUAGUGUUGUCUGCUUUUCUCUUCAUAUUUAUACGGGGGAGGGCUGGGUGCAACAGCUGGAGGUGGCCAGGCGAUGAGCUCCUUCUCCUUAGCUGGUUUCGAGGGGUUUUAACCUUGCCGAGGCUGGCUGACCCACGCCCCGGGGAUCGUGGCUGAGAAGCCUCUGCGAGAAAGCCUGGCAUCUCACACUGCCCGCUGCCCAAGGGCCCUAGCUCCCGCCUCCUGCUCCUGCUUCCUCCUGCUUAGGGGGCAUUUCUGGGAGCACAGGCGAGUGAGCCCAGAGGGACACUGCGGCUGGCCGGGUGGUUUUCUUUCUUUCUUUUUUGCCAAACGGAGUGUGAGUUCACUUUAGGGACUAGCCAAGCCAAGAGGCAGUGGUUUGGGCUCUUGGUUUCAACAGGAGGCUGAUCCACACCACUCCCCCAUCCCUGGGUGCGGAAUUGUGACUCAGGGUUGGGCCUCCUUUUGGAGUGACCAAAACACCAAAACUGUCCCUCUGCCUGUGGGUCAGGCAGCGGAAAUACCAAACCUUCUGUCUUUGCCAAAAGCUGAACAACUGACCUGGUCCUCCGACCAAGUUCUUUCUGGUUGUUUCCGAACAGUAAAGCAAUAAGAACAAUACAUGCAGGACUCUAAAAGAGAUCCAGUGAAGCACAAGACAUGCACUUACCAAUAUUUUUGUAAAAUGCACUGGGAAAGGUCGACGUUGAUAACAGUAUAAAGAAACCCUAUUUCUUGAUAAAAAUGACAAAUGACUGUCUCUUGCGGACGCUUGGUACUGUAAUGUUAACAAUUAUCACCUGCUGUCGUGUGCAGCAAUAGUUUCUGUAUGGUCCUUAGCACUGUAUCUUAUGGAUUGAUAUUAAUGUAUCCCAUGAAAUACUCGAGCUGUUGUUCUUGAUAGCCUCAUUAAAGCAUUUGGUUUUUCACAGA